CACUACUCCCCUUUCGUUUUUUAUGAGGCGCAUAAAAUUGAAGACCCCUAACUGAGUUCUGAUCCAAUCCCCCAUCACUGUUCCAGCCGUCGCCGCCCGAUUCCUUCCAGGAAGAUCCCCACUGUCCGCUUCCUUCCCGGACGAUCCUCACAGAUCUUUCUUCUCAGAUCAUGUGUUUCGCGUCCACGCUAUCUCCAUGUUCCCUCGCUCCUCCAUUGGUCGCAACCCUGCUCCGUCCUCGAUCCGCUUGGUUCGUGUUCCGUGCAAACACCACUUCAGUCCCAACGAGCUCCUCGUAGAUCGUGCCAGACCCGCGUUUCUUUUCUCUAUUUCUGUCACUUGUCGCCGCUCGUUUCGCGACACGUUUCGGCGUUUCGUCUGAGAUUCGGAUUUUGUAACGGCGGUGUGGCGUUGUCGUUUUGAUUUUUGGAUUGGAUUAGGAAACUUAACGGUUUUGGGUCUGUUGGUUGGAAGCCAUAGUUUCUAUUUUUGGUUUUCGCUAUUUUUGGAAAUAUUUCGAGCUGAAAGAGUUGGAGCUCCGAAUCUCAACCCGAUCUUCACAAAAGAGAUUUAAAUCUUCCACUCUACUCUGAAAUUUUUGCCUUUGGUCACUAGUGUCCCAGUGGAGUAUUUUCAUUCUCUACGUUUCAUUUGGCGAUGGAGGAUCGAAACGUGCGAAGUGGAAUGUCCGAUGUGGUGAUAGGCUGCGUGAUGCCGUAUCUUCACGACGCUAAGGACCGCGACGCAGUGUCGUUGGUGUGCCGGCGAUGGUACGAGCUCGACGCUCUCACGCGCAAGCACGUGACCAUUGCUCUCUGCUACACCACGAGCCCCGAUCGGCUGCGGAGGCGGUUUCAGCACCUCGAGUCCCUGAAGCUGAAAGGGAAGCCGAGAGCGGCGAUGUUCAAUCUGAUACCGGAGGAUUGGGGAGGCUUUGUGACGCCGUGGGUGAAGGAGAUCGCUGAGUCCUUCAAUCGCUUGAAGUCUCUGCACUUUCGGCGAAUGAUUGUUAAGGAUUCGGACUUGGAGCUCUUGGCUCAGUCCCGUGGGCGCGUGCUACAGGCGCUCAAGCUUGACAAGUGCUCUGGCUUCUCCACCGAUGGCCUUUUGCACAUCGGCCGCUCCUGCAGGAAUUUGAGAACCUUGUUUUUGGAAGAGAGCUCCAUAGAUGAGAAUGAUGGUCAAUGGCUACACGAGCUUGCUUUGAACAACUCUGUGUUGGAGACUUUGAAUUUUUAUAUGACAGAUCUUAUCAAAGUCAAAUUUGAAGACCUUGAACUCAUUGCAAAAAACUGUCGCUCCUUAACCUCUGUGAAAACUAGCGAUUGCGAAAUCUUGGAACUCGUGGGCUUCUUCCGUUCUGCAAGCGUAUUAGAAGAAUUUUGUGGCGGUUUCUUCAACGAGCAAUCAGAGAGGUACUCUGUUGUAUCGUUACCCCAAAAAUUAUGCCGUUUGGGUCUAACGUACAUGGGAAAGAAUGAAAUGCCAAUAGUAUUCCCAUAUGCAACCCUUCUCAAAAAGCUGGAUCUCCUUUAUGCAUUGCUCGACACUGAGGACCAUUGCACACUAAUUCAAAGGUGCCCCAACCUAGAAGUGCUUGAGACAAGGAAUGUUAUUGGAGAUAGAGGACUAGAAGUUCUUGCUCGGAGUUGCAAGAGAUUGAGGAGGCUCCGAAUUGAGCGAGGUGCAGAUGAACAAGGCAUGGAGGAUGAAGAAGGUGUUGUUUCACAAAGGGGUUUGAUAGCAUUGGCACAGGGCUGCCUGGAACUUGAGUACUUGGCUGUGUAUGUGUCAGAUAUCACAAACGCAUCUCUGGAAUACAUUGGGACUUACUCUAAGAAUCUUUGUGAUUUUCGACUUGUCUUGCUUGACCGAGAAGAGACGAUAACUGAUUUACCACUUGACAAUGGGGUUCGAGCUCUUUUGAGGGGCUGUGAUAAGCUCAGAAGGUUUGCUCUGUAUCUCCGUGCUGGGGGCUUGACCAAUUUGGGACUUAGUUAUGUUGGCCAGUAUAGUCAAAAUGUGAGAUGGAUGCUUCUGGGUUAUGUUGGGGAAUCUGAUGCAGGGCUUUUGGAGUUCUCUAAAGGUUGCCCUAGCCUGCAAAAAUUGGAAAUGAGGGGCUGUUGCUUCAGUGAGCGUGCACUGGCUGAUGCAGUAAUGCAGCUGACUUCCCUUAGGUACUUGUGGGUGCAGGGAUACAGAGGAUCUGCGUCGGGUCGUGAUGUUUUGGCAAUGACUCGGCCAUAUUGGAAUAUUGAGUUAAUUCCCCCGAGACGAGUUGAUGAUCAGCAGGGGGAGGGAGUAGUGACGGAGCAUCCAGCCCAUAUACUUGCAUACUACUCACUUGCUGGACAAAGAACAGAUUUUCCAGAUACUGUUAUCCCCGUGGAUCCAGCAUCUUUUAUUACCUCCUAGAGUUCUGUAUAUACAAACCUUCUUACUUUUUUUUUUGUUUUUUUGUUUUUCUAAAGCAGUCCUUUUCUUGCCACGCCUUGUUUAUAAAUCAAUGUAACUUAUUUCUUUUUUAUCAGAGGGUUUCAGUUUCAAAUUUCAUUUCUAGACUUUAGUUCUGUAAUAAGUUGGUGUUUCCCUUCCCUGUGUAACUUAAAAGCACUUGCACUCUUUGAAGCGGUAUUGUAUCAGAGUGCCCUCUUUCCAGGGCAGUUA